AUGUUGAAAGAAAUUUUUUUAAUUUUUAUUUUAUUUUUAACAACUUUAUCUGAUGGGGUGCUGAUUAAUCCUACUUCAAACCCAUCUAGACUUCAGUUGAUCUUUGGUUUGGGAGUUCCUCUUAAUCUAGAGAACGAGUCUGUUACUUAUGGCUGGAUCGUCAAAGCAUUCUACAUACUUCCAGAUUCCGGAUCCCUCCAGAAACAUUUAAAUCAGUUUAAUCGAUCAAAUAUUGACCCAACUGCUGGAUAUAAAUGGACACGAUUUCCGCAUGGUAAUAGACAAAAAAGAGACAUAACUGAUAAGUUGUCUGGAAAUGAGAAACUGAUGGAGAAUGAAGACAGUAAUUACAAGGAUGACGAGUCUUUUGAUGAUGAAAUUGACACGCAAGGAAAUAUCCCAAAACUUAGUGAUUAUCCCUUGAAAACAGAGGAAGAAUUGAUGGAUAGAAGUGGAACUCGGUGGUUGCUUUAUGAUGGAUUCGCAAGAAUGUUAACUUCUAAAGGACUUGAGGGAAGAUAUUGUGUAUUAAGAUCAAUUUGUGAAGCAGCUGAGUCGAAUUUUGGAUAUCAUAAUGGACUUUUUGGGCAACUUUUUCACAUAUUUUUCACCCCUUCUUCAACAUCUGAUAAAAUAGUGAAUACAGAACAUUAUGACUAUUUAAAAGCUGAGAUGUUUGGACAAGCUGGUGAACCAUGUGAUAAAAUUUUUCAUCAAUGUAAAGGAUCAGUUUUGGAAAUUUUUACUAAAGUUUAUGAGGCUUAUUUUUAG